CCAGGACGUACGUUACCUCCCCGCGCGCCCGCCUCGCUCUUUAUAAACACCCCUGCGGCCACUCGCCGAUCACACCCUCUCCUCCUGUAUUCGCAGUUUCACAUCCAUAGCUUCCUCGCUCGGCGUUUGUUGAGUUCCACACACACCAUCAGCCUUCUUCCUGGGAGAGACAGGCAGGCAGAGAGGCGAUCAGAGGCAGGCAUGGGUCUCCCCCUCGAGCAGUGGCGCGGCGGCGAGGCGGACGGCAAGGAGGCGGCGGAGUCGUCGUCGGCCGGGUGCAGGACGCCCGGCGGCAACGGCCAGGCUGCGCGCGGCGGGGCGGCGGGCGGGGACUGCCCCGCCGCGCCCAGGAAGAGGAGGGCCCCCGCGGGGGCGGUCUCGCAGCAGCAGCAGCGCAGGGACUACUACAACGGCGCCGACGUCGAGGCCUUCUUCGCCGCUCACAACCUCUAGAUGACCGACCUGCUGCCGUGUCUGCAGGACGUACGGAGCAGCUAGCUAGCCACCACCAGUAGUCUCUCGUCUCUUGUCGCCGGUGCACGCAUAAAUUAAGCACGGCUGUGUGUUAGAGCCGGGCGUAGCCUCUUCCCGCUAACGUAUGUACGUACGGAGUCUGUACCCUGAUCGUUGAUCGAGAUUGUACAUUACUACCUACUGCUAGUGUCUAGUAGUAGUUCUUGACUUCUCAGUUUAGGUCUGGUAAUCGUCUGAAAUAUGAUAUGCUGGUCAUGCCAUGUACUAGUAGCAUCUAGCUUAGGAUCUGUGUGAGGGGAGAGCUUGUAUCUGUCAACAAGUUGCAUUGUAUGCACAUUCUAGUGUGUGAUCU